AUGAAACGCAUGUAUAAAAAUUCACUGCAACUUUGUUAUACUGAUACUGAUAGUCUGUUGUAUCUAAUAGAUACAAAUUGUUUUUAUGAAGACAAUAUAAAAUAUUUUGAUACAAGUAAUUUCGAAAACAAUCAGUAUAUGCCCAAAGUAAAUUGUAAAAUUCCAGGGUUUUUCAAAGACGAAAUGGACAGUGAUAUAAUAACUGAAUUUGUUGGAUUAAGAGCGAAAUUAUAUUGUAUUCAUUCUAAAACAACCUCAAUAAGAAAAGCUAAGGGUAUUAAAAAAUCUGUUACUCAAAAUCUUAAUAUUGAAAAAUAUAAACGAGCGUUAUGGUCUAAUGAAGAUUUUAGAAAGAGUAUCGUAAUUAGAUCAAAGAAUCAUCAAAUAUUUACUCAAAAAGUUGAUAAACUUGUACUUAAUAGAGAUGAUGAUAAAAGACAAAUUAUGGCAGAUGGCUACAAUACGUUACCGUGGGGACACUAUAAAACUAUAUUUUAA